CUGAUGUGAGCCACCGUACGUGAAGAGCUGCAAUCCCCAAGCCUCCUGUGUAGGACUGGUCGGAUUCAGCAGAGUCAGUGGAGUAGGGGAGGUGCCUGCGAAGCUAAAUUGAGGACGAAACAACACGUAUUUGCACUAAACAGGCGACAAACUAGCUGUCCAGGGAAGUGUCCUGCAGUUCAGUGUUGACAACCAGUUAAAGUCCGCGUUUUAUAUGAGAGAGAGCAGAGCAGAAGCAGACACUGAAAGAAAUCAUGUUUGAAAACUUCAAAGAAAGACUUCACCUGGUCCAGCAGGACUUUACAACGGGCUUCAAGACACUUGGAGACAAAUCAAAAGAUGCCAAAAUAAAGAGGAGACCCAGGUUUGAAGAAAACCUUCCUCAUUUCAGCACUGGACUGGAAAUCCUUAACAGGUAUGAAGAGAGAUGGUUUCUGCUCCAUAAAAGAACUAAAGACUGUGCUCAGGCUGCAGAGGCAGCAGAUGGUGACAUAGUGAUGGUCUCAGCGCACUGGGAAAAAAGAAGAACGGCUCUGAUACAACUACUGGAACAACUGAAAAGCUUACCAGCCUUUGUCAGCGAACUUGAUGCCAUCACUGCUAACAUAGCUCAUCUGGAGGGUGAUUUUGAGGAGAUGGAGAGCAGACUGGUAUAUCUGGAGACUCUGUGUUCUCAAUGUGAGCAACAGACAGUCAAACAACAUCAUAUCAACCAACUGGAAGUCUAUAAGAAACAGAAGAGGAGGGAGGUGGAGUUGCUGGAAGUUGAACUGAAUUCAGAGCAUGCUCAUAAGGUGGCAGAGUUGGAGCAGGCAAUGCAGCAAAAACUGAAAGAACGACAGAAAGUGUAUGAAGAAGCCUUUAUCCAGGACAUGGAGCAAUACCGGUCCACUGGAUACCUACAGCAUGCAGAACCAGUAGGAGCUGAUGUGUGUGUUCUGGACGAGAUGACAGUAACUAAUAUGUUAGACCAGGAGGCUUUGGAUGACUUUCUGAACUCCACUGGGGAUGACAUCAGUACUGGAUCAUCACUGACCUCAGGUCCAGACUUCAGGUCCUGCUCUUCUGAAUCUUUGAAUCAAGCCUCUCCUACAAACAUCCAAACAUCCAACCAGGACGCAAUGUGGCAGCAAGAAGAGGAAGUGGCCAAUGGAGAGAGUGAUAAGCCUGUGGUGCAAUCAGAUGAGGAGGAUGUUCAACCAGAUGUAGCUUUGGUUGUUAUUCAGGAUGUGGGCACAACCAAGGGCUCUGAUGAGAGUGACUCUACAGGGGACCUACCCUCUGGGUGACCUAGCAAAGUCUAGGGUUGCCUGCCACCAAAGAUUUUCUUCAUCAGUUAGAUGUCAGUCAAGGAAUUACUCGACUAAUCGUCACAUAUUUAUGAUAAUUCAUUUAUCUGAAUAUAAAAUAUCUGAAAUAUUUUUGGGGAGCAAAAGAAAAUGCUUUGAGUUCCAAGGCUAAGAGAGAAUGUUUUGACACUGUGCUACUGUACAGAGAAAUCCAAAACUGAAGCAAAUAGUGAGCCUUUAAAUUAUAUAUAUCACAAAUGCAUGCACAAAGUAAGCCACAGCAACAAUGGCAAAGCUGGUAGACUGAGUCUGUAUGUAUUGGAAAAGCUACCAGGAAUACUGGAUAUUUCGUUAGUAAACCUAAUUAUAGUGCAGCUUGUGCCGAGUCCCCAAGCACCUCAUCCUUUAUAAGUUAUCACAGAAAUCAUAGGGCUCUACCCUUAUGCUGCCAGCUGUCACUCGCUAGUCCAUAUGGGCCUCGGUAAAGAAGAACUUUUGCCUGACGUAUCUCUGGGCCACCAGUUCCAGCUGUCAAGCCUAAUGACUUACCUUGCUACAACCCUGGCCUUCUUGGGGUUGCUAUUUACACUUCCUGUAAUGCCUAACAUUUGUAGUCAUCAUCUAAUAACUUCAGGCAGCAGCCAUCUAAAGGAUAAUGUCUGUCUGUGACUGACUAUUUGUCUGCUUUUUUUUUUGGUUUUUUUUUUGCUCAGUUUAAGACUGAUUGACUAAAACUCCCUUUAUCAAGUCAUAUUGGUGCAAUACUAGAGUGCAGCGCUAGCAACCACAACCUUUAAAACCCUUCAGCACUGAAACACUUACUACUACUGGUCCUUAAAAACACCCCCCUGGUGCUCUGUGUGCUUAUCUGGCACACCUCUUAGUUCUUGAAAAGUUUUUAUAGAUCUCCAAAAUGUCCAUCAACAGUUCUUAAAGAAUAAAAUGAGUAUAUUCUAUACUUUUCUACAUGAAAAACAAAUCAUAAAUUGAGCCAAACAACUGUUAGCUUUUCCAAAGCUACACAAUUCUGCCAGAACAUUAAAACCGUAGGCAGAUGAAAAGAUUAACAUCGAUCAUCUUGUUACAAUGAAGUCUAGUGCUGGAAAUCCUUGGAAUUGACACCUACCACCCACCUACACAUUGUUUCUGACCAGUCACCCCAGUGAUGGCAACAGUCUCACCUAGCAGGAUGGUGUGUACUGCCAUACUGCAACAUCCUGCUCAUGAACAGACCAAGAAAACACGACAAAGAGGUGUUGACCAGGCCUCCAAAUGUCCCAGAUCCCAGUCCAAAUGAGCAUUUUUGGGCUACACUCCAACAAGCCAAUCGCCAACGUCCAACUCUGCAACCCAGAGGAGCCAAAAAAAUCUCCCAAUGUCCGGAUAGCACAGGACAACCUCAGAGGUCCAACAGGACAAGGCUGUUUUGGUGGCAUGAGAGAGAUUUACACAAGAUUAAGCAGGUGGUUUUAAUGAUGUGGCCACAAUAUCUUGUUUCUCUGUGUUACAGUGGUGUCCCAAAACUAUUAAAUACAUCAAUGAUACAAUAGUUAUUUUACUCAUAAUAGCUCAUUCAUGGUAUAGGUAGUCCAUGGUGAACACUGAGUUUUCCAGCUGCUGCCAACAGAACAGGUAAAUCAGAAAAUGUUUAAAGACAGCACAUCGUUGGUUUUGAUCUUUCUGUUGUAUAUGUUGAUAAUACGAGCAAAACAAUCUAGA